UGAUUUGUAUCACGGAGAGCGUUUUUUUUACAGCUAUCCAUCUUUUCAUCCAGGGACUCCGAAACACCGUGUCUGCAUGAAAAUCAGAUAGAAUGGUUAAAUUUCGCUCUUUUCUACCAGUAUUGCUUGUUCGGAGCUAAGAAAGAUCAACUAUAUAGUUUUUUUCAUAAACAAUUCAGUUUGUUUAGUGCAGUUCAGGUCGGUACGGCUGUUGAAACUGACAAUAAGUGCGCGCAAGGUUAGUCAAUCAUGGGUGUUCCAGCUUUUUUCAGAUGGCUGAGUAUGAAAUAUCCAUCAAUUGUCACCCAUUGUGCAGAGAAACGUGGAGCUAUUUUGGAUGAUGAUGGCAAUAGAUCACCUAUAGAUACAUCGGAGCCGAAUCCAAAUGGAGAAGAAUUCGACAAUCUAUAUUUAGAUAUGAACGGUAUUAUCCAUCCAUGUACGCAUCCAGAAAACAAACCAGCUCCAAAAACGGAGUCGGAAAUGUUCCUAGCUAUUUUCGAAUACAUAGAUAGACUGUUUGCCAUUGUUCGCCCUAGAAGAGUACUGUAUAUGGCCAUCGAUGGAGUGGCUCCACGUGCUAAAAUGAAUCAACAACGCUCCAGACGUUUUCGAGCGGCUCAAGAGGCGAAAGAAAAACAUAUAACUAUUGAGCGUUUAAGGAAUGAACUAAUUGCAAGAGGGGCGCAUCUUCCACCACCUAAGGAAGAACAUUUUGAUUCCAAUUGUAUUACUCCAGGAACACCAUUUAUGGCACGUUUGGCUGUUGCUUUAAGGGGGUAUAUAUAUACUCGUUUGACAAAAGAUCCAGGAUGGAAGAAUCUGAUGGUAUUCUUGAGUGACGCAAAUGUUCCUGGUGAGGGUGAACAUAAAAUCAUGGAUUUUAUCAGACGACAGAGAAAUAAUCCAACUCAUGACGCCAAUACGAAACAUUGUUUAUGUGGCGCUGACGCUGACCUUAUAAUGCUUGGAUUAGCCACACAUGAACCAUAUUUUACUAUUAUUCGUGAGGAAUUCAAACCAAACCAACCAAAACCUUGUGAUUUGUGCGGCCAGAUGGGUCAUGAGAUGGAGGACUGCGUAGGUGCUCCAAAAGAAGAAGAUCCAAACGAAGGUCCUCCUCCACUACCUUCAGGAGAUGUGGAUUUCAUCUUUAUUCGCUUGAAUGUUCUAAGACAAUAUCUAGCAGAAGAUCUGAAGUUGGCCGGCAUUACAUUUGAAUGGGAUCUCGAACGAGUAAUUGACGAUUGGGUUUUUAUGUGCUUUUUCGUUGGAAAUGACUUCCUCCCUCAUCUUCCGAGUUUGGAAAUCCGUGAGGGAGCAAUUGAUCGUUUGAUUGAAAUCUAUAAGUCAACAGUCCAGAAAACGGGAGGGUGGCUGACUGAUAGUGGACGAGUCAAUUUAGAGCGUGUCCAACUCAUUAUGGUUGAUUUGGGAAAGAUGGAGGAUGAGAUCUUCAAAAAUCGUCGUGAAUCAGAACUACAGUUUCGUAAUAGAAAGCGUCAACAUUCAUCUGGCAAUGGUUAUGAUAAAAACCAACGCGGGUUCGCUCCACAGCGAUUGGGUCACCGCCCAUCAUUCGAAGUGUCUCAGUCUGGUUUUAUGGAACCUAUUCCCCUAAGAGGACGUCACGGAAUAGCACACCCCAAAGGUCACUAUACAAAUCAAGUUGUUUCUGCUGAUGAGUUAUUAGCUGCACGACGUUAUCAGGGUAGAUGUCAAGAAAGUGUUAAUUGGGUGGAUAGAAAUCUAAAUAACCUCGAGGCAGCAACAGCACUGAAAGCUAUACUGAAACGCGAUAAACCUAUUGAAAACGGAAUCUCAAAUAAUAUGAAUAAUCCCACUAUUCUUCCGAAAAUACCUCGAAUUAUUUCUGAUAACAACACAAGUCUACAAGGUGUUUCAUCUGGUCGCAACAACAGAUCAGGUAAUCAUCACGACGAUGAGGAUGAGAUGAUGGAUGCUGCAGAUGAAGUACGGUUUUGGGAAGAUGGAUGGAGAUCACGAUAUUAUCGAUCUAAAUUUGGAGUUGACCCGACAGAUGCACCUGGGUUCUGUAUCAAAGUUGGUCAGGAAUAUGCCCUUGGUUUAUGCUGGGUCUUAGCCUAUUAUUACCAAGGUUGUGCUUCAUGGGAUUGGUAUUUCCCGUAUCAUUAUGCUCCAUUUGCCAGUGACUUCUCCAAAAUCGCAGAACUCGAUGUUGACUUUUCGAAAAAAGAAACAAAACCGUUUAGACCACUGGAGCAACUUAUGAGCGUGUUCCCGGCCGACUCUCGUAGUCACGUCCCUCCAGCGUGGCAGGACUUAAUGACCGAUCCCGAUUCUCCUAUAAUUGAUUUUUACCCAACAGACUUCAAAGUAGACUUGAAUGGCAAACGAUAUCUGUGGAUGGGUGUAGCUUUGUUACCAUUUGUUGAUGAGGUUCGUUUGCUGAAAGCUUUGGAUGCCCGAAGAAAUCUUUUAACAAAAGAAGAGAUUGAGAGAAAUGUUCGUGGUUCAGACCAGUUGUUUUGUAGAGCUGAUCAUUCUGCUGGUCCAUUGUUGCAUUCUCUAUACAAAGUAUCACAUGAAAAGAUUGAGAAAGAUAAUUCGGAAGAACAAAUCAUACCAACUUGGGCAUCUGCAAUUGAUCCACGUGUUACGUUUGGAAUUAGUGGUCUAAUCUGGCCUAACAAAAUGGCUUACUUGCCUGGGAGUCGUGUACCUAGUGCAGUCCCAGGUCACGUUCCUGAUUUAAAGGUUUCUGAAGCUGUAUCAAUAUGUUUUUCAGAUCCUCAAUAUCCAAAGGGCUUCGUCUUUCCUUCCAAGUUACUUGAAUCCGUUAAAAUGCCACCCCCAGUGUACCUUCAACCUCCUCAGCGUGGUAGAGGAAGAGGACGAGCAAGUUUUCGCACCGAUGAACAUCGUGGACGUUUUAAUGCCAAUGCAGCUAUGCAGUACUAUGCUCGAGACAAUUCGUCAGAUAGGGAGGAUACUGGUAGAGAUUUUUAUCCAAACUCACCGAUGAACAGGAUGGUUAUGAAUUCAUUACCACGAUAUCAGCGCAGUCAAGGUAGCCACUUACAGUAUUCAUCUAGAUCAGAUUGUGGCAAACUAAGUAACAACAUUCCACCAAAUUGGCGGCCUGGGUCUUUUAAUCGUUUUCCUCCUCAAAAUGAUGCUUAUCAUCGAGGUGGACCUGCCUAUCGUCAAUCUAGUAGUCAUCCAUACGCUAAUCCGUAUUCUGUCCAUCCUCCAAACUUCAGUACAGGCCUUUCCAAUUCAGUCGUUAAGAAUAGCCGCCCACCAUGGUUGCCUCCAAAUGGUAGGGGUUGAUCAAAAUAUCAAAGCUUUUACUACUUAUUUCCAUAUUCAUACUACUUUCUUCCUGCAUUUUUAUAUUUUAUUAUUAUAACACACUAUUAGUUGUAUAUGAUGUAGAAAUUAUUUUGCGCCUGUACAACACAAGUAAUAAAUAUUUACUCCUUUCUCCACCCCUUCUAUUUACAUUAACAUGUUUACUAGUAACUGUAUUCUGGCACAAUUAAAUGGCAAUUUGUAUAGUGAAUAUCACUGAUCAUUUGUCAAUUUCUAUUUAACAACUGAGUUGUGUAGUGACACUAAAUUGUGAAAGACUAAUAUAAUUUUUUCGAAAUUUCAGCUGUUAAUAUAAACAAUUGAUAUUCUGUUCCAAAGAUUUUUAUUAAAUUCCUCGUUCUUAGUGAAUUUUUAAACCGUACUUGUUACGUACUGAACAACUGGUACUCAAUUCAACUAAAUGACUCAAUGGGAUCCAUAAAUAAUUCACAACCUAGGUUCUCAUUGUUUUAGAUUAUUCACUGUCCUAGCCACUAACAGUUGAAUAAACACUGGAUGGUAUAUUUUGCUACUUUUACCUUGUGAUAAUGCGAAAUACCUGGGUAUUUUUAAAUCUGUUAGGUUUAACUUAGUACGAUUUUGCAUGAAUAUUCCAGUUCUCAUAAAAGACUUAAAACUUUCAAAACCGUGAUGGAAGAUCUUUUUAACGAAAAGCAAUGGGCCAAACAAACGUGCCCCGUUCUUUGAUAUGCUCAAGAGUUUGUAAGAAUGUAUUUUACAUAAUAGUAAGAUCGUAUAGUACGUAGUUCCAGUGAAAAUGAGUGGAUAUGCAUGAGUACUCACUGCUGAAAGUAUGAUAGAUUGUACUCACAUUAACUUGCGUUCCAAAUUGAAUAGGUCAUGAAAGCUUUAUUUAUGACGGAAUAUCAUGAAAAUGCAAUUCAUGACAUCCUCACAGGUUUACACAUUAGAUUUAAAACCAUACCACCACUUCGCUUAAGGUUUCUGAAUUAGACUACAGAUUGACAAGUAAUGGUCAUACGAUUUCAAGCAUUCUGAGCAUAGAAAGGAAAUUGCUGGUUCUUACUGUAUCGUUAUUGACAUCUUAGGUUUACUCAGCCACGCCUCACUCAAAAAGUAUAGACCAUCUAAACCUCAGCCUCCAGAUUAUUGUACACAUAGGACUGCUAAUCAUUUCAGUUCAGUUAAUUUAAAACUAGAGAGAAUUUCGAAAUGGAACAUUGCAUUAGUUAUUCAGAAGUGGUUAAGGUCCUGUUUUUUGUGCUGAUAUAUAGAUAUGUAAUAUUGGAGCUGAAUAAAAUAUCGUCUCGCCAGUAAGUUUUCCUGAACAUUAAAACUGAGUCAAUAUGAAAGCCAGCUCCUGAUUUUACUUUAUUUUAAACACCUGCCCUAGCAUGCUGUUUAUCUCGUUCAACAGUUAUUUCUUAUAAAUAGCAUGAACCGACCUAAGUUAGACUUCUACUGAGAACCAUGAAGCACUAGACAGCUGUUUCGUCCUAGUGUGAGAAUUUUAUCAUCUCACAUCCACAACCUUACCGAAGAUAUAUAUAUAUAUAUCAGCGCAGUACAUUUGGGGCUAACCACACAUUAACUUGUUAAGAGGGUCGACAUAGACAAACUGGAUCCUAAGUGUAAUAAGGAAAAGACGAAAGCACAUUACUGUGAAUAUUGAAUUUAAAUUAGCAGAUUACUGGGGCAGGUUUAAUGUAAGUGCAAUGGGUAGGGCUGAUUUUUCGUAUGGUUAGAUCUUCAAUAUAUGAUAGGAACCAUCAUUCUACAUAAAGUGAGCUGAGAUUGACCUUACUCCCUGUUUCAAUGAUAUAUCGGGCAAUAAAGAAAGAUGGGUGUUUGACAUCUGCUUUUAUUAGGUCCUUAGGAUUUGUUUGCUUAUGUAAAUAUUUCAAAAUGUGUUUUUCUGCCUUUUAAAGCUAUGGCUUCUCGUUUAAAUGUAUGGGCAAGAAUACACAUAAGUGUUGGGAUGUGACUCAUUUGUUCACAACUUACUAGGGUUUUCAGUGACUCCCGUUAUUAGGUAAUGAUGGCAAUAAUCAAACAGUAAUUCCUAUAGACAGCCUGUCUAAACGUUCUUUUAAAUACAUAGCUACAAAAUUCACAUAUGAAUGAUAAUAGCUGAAUAAUUGAUAUUUGAUAAAAAGAUUAUUAUAAUUGCUAUUCAAUAUGAAAAUAAUUUCGGCAAUUAACUGUGUCAAAUGAAGAAGUUAUGGAAAUCAACAAUUGUUGAACAAGAGAGGCUGCAUGGUAGAACUCAUGUGGAAUCAACCUGAAACCUUCAAUUCUCAUAUGUGAACAACUUACCAUUCUGUGAUAUCUAAAUUUAAGAAUUGGAAUGAUCAGUGAAUCCAAUAAAGUG